AGGAGGGGGAGGAAGAGGAGGAGGAGGAGGAGGAAGAACAACAAGAGGAGGAGGAGGAGGAGGGGGAGGGGUGAGGAUGAAGCUGCCGCUGCAGCCGCCGCCCAUCCCCCACCCGGGGCUGCUGCCGGGGCUGCUGCUGCUCUGGGCCCUGGGACAGGGCCAGGCUCAGGAGGUCCAGGCUGAGAAUGUCACCGUGCUGGAGGGUGGCACUGCAGAGAUCACCUGUCACCUGCACAGGUACGACGGCUCCAUCGUCGUCAUCCAGAACCCGGCGCGACAAACGCUGUUCUUCAACGGGACACGAGCGCUGAAGGACGAGCGUUUCGAGCUGGCCGAGUUCAGUCGCCGCCGCCUGCGGCUCCGCCUGGCCCGGGCGCGCCUGGACGACGAGGGCGGCUACUUCUGUCAGCUGUACGCUGAUGAUACUCACCAUCAGAUAGCAACUCUGACUGUGCUAGUGCCCCCCGAGGAGCCGCAGGUGGAGGCGUCGGCGCUGGCGGUGGAGGGGGGGGAGCUGGAGCUCACCUGUCUGGUGCCCCGGGCGCGACCCCUGGCCACGCUCAGGUGGUACCGGGACCGCCGGGAGCUGCCAGGUGCCAGCUCUCACCUGCAGCACGGCAAGGUGUUCUCCCAGAGUUCCGUGCUGCGCCUCCCGGUCGAGCGCCGCGACCACGGCGCCGUCGUCACCUGCGAGGCCUCGCACCCGGCGCUGGGGCGGGGCCAGCGGCGCCUGACGCAGUACCAGUUGGACGUGCAGUACCCCCCCUCCGCCCGCAUCGUCCCCUCCCAGAGCGUUCUGCGCGAGGGCGACACCUUGGUGCUCACCUGUGCGGCCAGCGGGAACCCCCGCCCCACAGUCACCUGGAGCCGCGGGAACGAGUCGUUACCUGUGCGGGCCCGGGCCGAGGGCGAGCGGCUGACGCUGCCGGCGCUGGGGCCGCAGGACAACGGCACCUACACCUGCCAGGUGGGCAACGCCCACGGGAGAGCUGCAGAUACCUACGUGCUGGUGGUGUAUGACCCAGGUGCGGUGGUGGCGGCGCAGGGGGCGGGGCCGUUCGCCGUGGUGGGCGGGGCCCUGGCGCUGCUGGUGGUGCUGCUGCUGCUGCUGCUCGGGGCCCUGCUCUGCUGCUCCGUCAGACAGAAAGGUUCAUACCUGACCCACGAGGCCAGCGAGCUGGAGGAGCACGGCGAGGCGCGCGAGGCGUUCCUGGGCGGCGACGGCGCCAAACGCAAAGAGGAGUUCUUCAUCUGAGGGGGAGGGGUGGGGACACCUGGGCACACCUGGGGACACCUGGGGACACCUGGGCAUACCUGGGCACAC